AUGACUAUCUCAACACAUUUGGAAACCUGCAACAAGAAACAAUUUUACGAUACAUCUGAAGUCAUCUAUACGAUUUCCGCAACAUUUUACAGCUUUAUUGUUAUUGUGGGAGUCCCGGAAAACGUCGCAGCACUUUAUUUUUUAUUAUGCAACAAAAAAGAACUGACCGAAGCUAAAAUCUACAUGAUAAGUCUAACAGUGGCUGAUCUCCUCUUUGUUAUAUUUCUUCCUUUCUGGAUUGAUUACUAUUAUCGCGAAGGGAACUGGAUCUUCUCCAGCUUUGCGUGCAGCCUAUGGGGAUCUCUGUUCUACAUCAACACUUAUAAUACUAUCUUCUUGCUGGCUGUCAUCAGCUUUAUUCGUUAUCGUGCUGUCUCACAGCCGGUAAAGGUAGUUCAGUCGAGACAGGUUGUGAGAGGCUUAGUUUUAACUGCUUUAAUCUGGACAUUAACAAUUGGUUUUUCUUUACCGAUUGUAAUCAAUCACAAAGAUUACCUCAUCAUAACAAAUAGCAGCAAUGAAAGAUGUUUUGAAAGUUAUGAGGAAAAAAACACCAAAACACAAGUAAUAGUUAUACAUAUGCUAAUGGAGCUGGGUUUCGUCGGUAGUUUUGGCGUGGUCAUUGCCAAUAAUGUCCUCAUCCUUCGAACACUGUCUGUUGACCAGAAAACAUUGAGAACUUCGCAAAAUAAGUUCAAGACCCGUGCUUUUCGGUUGGUGCUUAUGGUUCUGAUCAUCUUCAUUGUUUCGUUUCUACCUUAUCAUUUAAUCCAUCUGCUUUGGACGCUUUUGGUACUCAACUUCUGGAAAUCUGACGACUGCGCUUUCAGAAAAACUGUCAAUGAUGUUCAUCAUAUCUCUCUGUGUCUGAUGUGUACCAACUGCAUUCUGGACCCCAUUCUUUACUGUUUCAUGACAACAAAUUUCCGACAAUAUUUUAAAGAAUUAAGACAAUCUUUCACACGUAACUGUAUCCUCAGGAGAAAUCCUAAACAUCAAGAAAUUCAGCUGGCAUGAAAUGGUAUCCUAGUACAGUAACUUUAUUAUGUCAAUUAUGAUCCAUCACAUGAAAAUCAUCAUUGCUCAACUUACGCGUUUUAGCACCAGUUCGUCCAGUUGGUCAUAAGAAAAAAAAGGUUAAUACUAAAAACAUCUUAUUUACAAGA